AUGUCCUCCGCAGUGGAAUCCACUAACAAGCCCGUGCCAGACGACGGAACGGGCGUGCUUCAAAUCGAUCCAUGGCUUGAGCCGUACUCGGAGGGUCUCCGUCAGCGCUAUGCUGCCUACAAGAAGACCCUCGACUUUAUCAAUGAGCAUGAGGGUGGCCUCGCUCAGUUCUCCGAGGGCCACAAGAAGAUGGGCCUCCAGGUCGACGAGAACGGUGGUGUUACCUACCGCGAGUGGGCUCCUGGUGCCGCUGAGGCUCGGCUUAUUGGCGAGUUUAACGGCUGGUCACACACCGCCAAUCCCAUGACCAAGUCUCCCUAUGGUGUGUGGGAGUGCUACGUGCCUCCCAAGUCCCCCGGCGUUAGCGCCAUUCCCCAUGACUCUAUGAUCAAGAUCUCCAUGACCCUCCCUUCUGGGGAGAGCAUCGACCGUUUGCCCACUUGGAUUACUCGCGUCACCCAGGACCUCAACGUCUCGCCCGUGUAUGAUGCGAGGUUCUGGAACCCCCCGGAGACCUACAAGUUUAAGCACGGCCACUCCACCAACUCGAUCGAAGGGUUGAAGAUAUAUGAGGCCCAUGGCAAGUCUUUCGGUAUCUCUAGCCCGAACGAGAGGGUCACCACCUACAAGGAGUUUGAAACCGACGUUCUGCCCAAGAUCAAGGACCUGGGCUACAACACUAUCCAAAUGAUGGCGAUUAUGGAGCAUGCCUAUUAUGCCUCGUUUGGCUACCAGGUGACUAGCUUCUUCGCCGCUUCAUCGCGUUAUGGCACCCCAGAAGAGCUCAAGAGCCUCGUGGACAAGGCCCACGAACUGGGCAUCACCGUCCUCCUCGACGUGGUUCACUCCCACGCUUGCAAGAAUGUCCUCGAUGGUCUCAACGAGUUUGAUGGCACAGACCACCUGUACUUUCACGAAGGUGCCCGUGGCCGUCACGAGCUUUGGGACUCUCGCCUUUUCAACUACGGUCAUCCCGAAGUCCUUAGGUUCCUCUUGUCCAACCUACGGUUCUGGAUGGACGAGUACAUGUUUGAUGGUUUCCGCUUUGACGGUGUCACGAGCAUGAUGUACCGUCACCACGGGAUGGGCGUCGGUUUCUCUGGCGGCUACCACGAGUACUUUGGCGACUCGGUUGACAUCGAGGCUAUGGUGUAUCUGAUGCUGGCCAACCGCAUGCUUCACGACAUUUACCCGGACGUCAUCACCAUCGCUGAGGAUGUCUCGGGCAUGCCGACCCUGUGCCGGCCCGUCCCCGAAGGUGGUGUUGGAUUCGACUACCGCUUGGCCAUGGCCAUCCCCGACAUGUGGAUCAAGCUGCUGAAGGAGAAAUCGGACGACGAGUGGGACAUUGGCAACAUCGUCCACACCCUUACCAACAGGCGACACCUGGAGCGUAGUGUUGCGUACGCUGAGAGCCAUGACCAGGCUCUAGUUGGAGACAAGACGCUGGCGUUCUGGCUCAUGGACAAGGAGAUGUACGACUACAUGUCCGACCUCUCGCCUCUUACUCCGAUCAUCGACCGUGGUCUUGCACUUCACAAGAUGAUUCGUUUCCUCGUACACGCCUUGGGCGGUGAGGCGUACCUGAACUUUGAAGGCAACGAGUUCGGUCACCCCGAGUGGAUGGAUUUCCCCCGUGAGGGCAAUGGCAACUCCUUUGCGCACGCCCGUCGUCAGUUCAACCUCGUUGACGACAACCUCCUCCGCUACAAGUAUCUCAACGAGUUUGACAAGGUCAUGAACCAGCUCGAGAGCCAGUACAAGUGGCUCAGUGCCCCACAGGGAUACGUCUCGUUGAAGCACGAAGGUGACAAGACCAUUGUGUUUGAGAGGGCUGGCCUGCUUUUCAUCUUCAACUUCCACCCCACCAACUCCUUCACCGACUACCGCGUUGGUGUCGACCAGGCGGGCAAGUACAAGGUUGUUCUUAACAGUGACGACAAACGCUUUGGCGGUCAUGCCCGCGUGGACGACAAUGGCGAAUACUUCACCACUCCCAUGGAAUGGAACGGACGCAAGAACUGGCUGCAGGUGUACAUCCCCCAGCGCAGCGUGUUGGUUCUUGGACUCGCUCAGUAA